GAUGUUUUGCGAUUGAUACUAUAGAUUUCAGAUUUAGAAAAGAUAUACAGAAAUUUAUUUUACAUGAUCUAAGAUUCACUCAUAAUAGCAAUAUAUUUUUCCUUGUAUGGAUUAAAUAAAAAAAGAGAAGAAAAAAAAGAGCUCCACACAUUGAACUUCCGGUUUACCAGACAAAGACACUUUUCCUGAGAUUUUCGUUUAUAGCUAUGGUUUUCAGGGAGAAGUAAAGAAAAUGGCAGAGAACUCUGAAGUUAUUAUUAUCCAGUUGUCCAAUCCUGGUGAAUCAUUCCCUGAAGAUCUCGACAAUAUCGUCAUGUCCACAGCUGAUGGUGCAAAUGUUGCUAUGCCAGAGGGAACUUCUAACCAAGGAAUUGCUAUUCCAAUAGGAAAUGCGGACCAGUUUACUGUUCGAAACACAAGCGAGGAAAUUGACAUGCCAAUAGGAAAUAAGGACCAGAUUACCAUGGAAAACUCUAUUGAAGAAAUAGCUGCGCCGGUUCAAAGUAAUGGGCAGGAACUGACACUCAAACCUGAAGUCCAAACGAUGUCAGAAACAUAUUUCUGUGAUGUGAAUACCCCUUUUCCUGGUGAGAAACAGGAGGAUCCUUCUGCGGAUCAAAAAAGUAUUGCAGAAACACCCCAGGAAGAUGCAACAGUGACCACAGAGGAAGACACAUCAAAUGUGAUUGGGAUAACACAUGCUGAUGGUGUUCUCAGUGUAGAUAUUCCUUUAUCAGAUGUCAUGGCCGAUCCGUCGAUAACACAAACAACAUCUGUUGUGGUCAACACAGAGGACACAAUUCCUACUUACACCGAUACACAUGAAAUGAGUAUUGCAUCCACUGCUUUGACAGAAACCCAGGUCACUCUAUCCAAACCUCAGCCAAGAAUUAUCCUAAAGACAAACACACAGGUGUCGCCGAGCUCGUCACCUUCCACAUCACCUGUUAAAAAGGUAGUCAUCCCAGCAGGAAUAUGUGUAAAGUCAUACUUAGAUGACCAGGUAGCGUACAAGAUUACCACAAGUGAUGUCACUGAAGCCAUUUCUGCAGUGAGAACUACUUCUUCACAAGUCAGCACAACAAAAUUAGCUCCCAAGUCUACCACAGCAAAGUCCAGACAAACUCAUCAACUGGUAGUCACCUCUAUGGGUCUUGUAAGAAAGGCACUUAUAUCAGACUGCCCACCAUCAGAGUCCACAACAUCUAUUCAAAAAUUCUCUACAUCACCAGUUGGAGUCACCACAACAACCCAGCCUACCCCAACAGAAAACACCCUACAGACCUUUACUCUCACCGACACUCACCCGUCCCCUGCUCCCUUGAUCCCAGAGAAUGAGAUGGUCCAGAGCUCCCAUGUGGAGCAGCUACAUGGGGAGUCUUUAAGUGGAAUUGGUAUGAGUGAAUCGGGGAAACAAGAGGAGAAUAUGUCAUCAGAAAACAUGGAAGUUGGCAGCUACAUGACAAUAGAUCCUAUAAAGAAGAUCAAGGAAGAAAUGAAGGAUGAGGAAGACAUGGCCUCCCCAGUGAGAAAGAGCUAUAGAGCCCCAAAGAGGAAGGUUGUGAAGGACUACGAGGAAAUCGGUGUUACUCCUGAAGACGAGUCACAACCAGCUAAAAAACGAGCAAAGACUGUUACUGUCACAUCACCAAGAAAACCAGCUAAAGGAAAACCGGGAAGAAAACCAGGCCCUAAACCCAAAAGUAAGCUGACUGUGGAGGAAGUUUACAAGAGCGAAGACGACGGGGAGGAGGAGGAGGAUAUUGAUAACGACUUUUUAAAAGUUUGCAUGAUCAAGUGUGACAAAUGUGACAAACAUUUCUUAGACAAGAAAAAAUUAGCACUUCACAAAAAUCAGGUACAUAAAACUAAGAGGGGUCCGAGAACCUCGGGCAAGGAGCACAUUUGUGAUGUCUGUGGUUAUGUGUUUAAACGACGUGAACACUGGCGAAGGCAUAAAGAGGUUCACCAGAAAUCAAGACCCCACACUUGUGAAGUGUGUAACAAGACAUUCAAGCGAGCUGAACAUGUCAAGCGGCAUCAGAGUGUUCACUUCACAAAUAAGCCUUUCCCAUGCUUAGAGUGUUCUAGUGCAUUUACUAGGCCAGAUCAUCUUGCCAAACACAUGCUCCUUCAUAAUGAUCCAGAAGGCUACCGACAAAGGCGACUCGCAAAGAAAAAGAAAGGGAAUGCAGGACGGGGACGACCAAGAGGUAAAGGUUCCAAAAUGAUCAAGACAAUGCCAAGAGGUCGGGGGAAGGUCACUGUAGAACUGAGGGAAAAGGUCAAACCCAGGAGAGAGGAGGAGGAUUUUGAGUAUGGCGAUGUUCCAGAUGAUGAGUAUGACGAUUUGGAAACAGAUGAGGGGGAUCUGCUGUCCACGGAUGAGGAAGAAAGAGGAGGGUACGAUGAUGAUCCGAAACCUACCAGUCUGGAAAAGGUGUACUGAAAAAGGCAGCCUCGUUCAACCAGAGGCAGGAAAAUUUAAAAACCAUGCUUAGAAUCAAGUGUAUCAGUGUUUCUUCAAAACAAUGUAGAUUAUAGAAUCAUGAUACUUGGAAAGAUGAGAAUCUUAUCAGCUCCAAACUUCAGUCAAACUGUUAACAUCAGUCAUGCUUUAGGUGAUUGGAUCCAUAUAUAUUUGCAUUUCAGUGCAGGUUGUUGUCUAAUUUGCAAAAUUUGAUUCAAGAAACCAUUGGAAAUGAUUGUGAAUAGUAUAAUGUACCAAAGAAACAAUAAAAUCAUGGAAAUGCUGAUAUGACAAAAUUAUCACAAUAAACUUCUCAAUUGUAAUACUGUGUAUAUUUUAUCAUGGAUUUCAUUUUGUUAGAAUUUUACAAAAUGUUCCAAACAGAACAAUUUAAUGAAUUUUUUUUAUGUAAAAAGCAAUUUAAUAAAAUUGUUUACAGAAA